ACACGGUAUCCUUUUGAAGGGGUCUUCCUAUUCGGAGACGCUAGACUAAGAUGUGCUCGCCUGGCCCAGAUCCACUACCCUCCGUUGUGCAUUUUUAGUCAGGAGUUACUCACACUAAGCCGUUUGUCGCAUGCCAGCGCGGGUAUAGGGCCUCUUUCGAUUUCCGAGUAUUUGGUGCUCUCCACCUGGGAGAUGGUUUCAUUUCAGCGACGAACCAAGCUGGCGCGGAAUUCAGGCUGUUUAACGUUUUCCUUGCAGCCAUUCUUCAUUUAAACCAUACAGUGUUUAGUUCGUGUCGAGUCUGUGCGGCAAGAUCCGGGAGAAAAGCCACAAAAACCUUACAAGGGUGACAAGCGGCACUUGCUGAGCGUCUUUCGAUACGCGUCGCACUCCCGGACCCAGGCCCCCCCCCCUCGUGCUUGGGUGGACCAGGAGUUCCUGGCGACACAGCGCACCACUUAGGAUUUAUCUGAGAAAAGCUUACUUUUUCAGUAACGCUUCGUGUGAAGAUUCAGGUUUCCACGGAACUUGGCCAUUUGACUUGUUUCUGUUCGAGACUUCACGAGGGAGCUUGCUUUUUUGACGAGAUGCAGCUGUGGCGGCGCAGAGCAGCAGGUCCCGCGAGCCUGGGGAGGCAGUCUUUGCCGCUCGGGUGUUUUUUCGCGGCUUUUGGUUUGUGUGUGUUGUCUGCGAUCUUGGGAACCGGAGAGCGCGGACUGUUCGUCGCCGCAGGGAACUCGAGAAGAAAGAUAACCUAUUUUGGCACGCUCACUCAGAAGGCUCCGAACUGGUACCGCUGCUCCUCAACGAGGGCGAAAGAAGAGGUCGUAGGACAUGUGACGCUGAACAAAGAGCACCCUGAUAUGACAAUUGAAUGCGUCGACGACGGCUUGGGCGGAGAGUUUUUGCCGCUCGAAGGCGCGAGGUCGUCGUACCCACGAGUAUGUCACAUUGAUGCCAAGGACCAGGACGACUGCGAGCGCAACAGGGGCUUUCUGACCGACUACAUACCGGGCGCGAAGCAGUACUGGUACAAGAUAGAAAAGGUGGAGCAGAACGGCGAGCAAUCCGUUCUGUACAAAUUCACUGUUCCUUGGAUCCUCCUUCCGCCCGCCAAGCAGCGAUACAAGGUUGGAUGCCGAUACCCGAACCACGAGUACUGCUUUGUUGAGGUCACCGUCGAACCCACGCCGCCAAUGGUCGAAGGCAAGAGAGUGACCUGCGGGUACUCCGAGUCCGGCCCCGUGAAUCUCGAGGUGGACUUGUCAAAGAACGCGAACUUUAUCGAGAUUCGGUGCGGCGAACAGCACCACCCGCAGCCGUCGACCUACACGCUGCAGUACUGCUCAGGUGACUCGGUGGACCCGCAGAAGUGUUCCCCGCAGUCCCUGACGAACAUUUUUUAUGACUACAGCUCUUCGUGGUGGAAGGGGAAACUGAACGGGCCUGACGGGGCAACUCUCACCAUUCCACCCGGCGGGUUCCCCGAAGAAGACAAAUCUUUUCUUGUCGGGUGUUCACUCACUGUGGACGGGCCGCCCUUCUGCAACGUCAAAGUGAGAGUUGCUGGGAACCCCAGAAAGUGGGAGAGGGGCGGAGGCGGCCAUCCAGGAAGCGGAGGAUUGCAGCCAGGAACUGACGGGGAAACUCAAGCUGGAACAGGAAGUUCAGCCGGCGCGAGUUCGCGAAUGGCUUCCGUUGCCCUGGCGUUCCUUCUCGGUCUCCUUGUGCAUGUGGCUGCCUAAAUGUCUUGUCUAACAACGCGCGUCGCUCGUAGCGCUGCUAGAGGUGUAUCUUCGGAUUCCGCGCUGCGGAACGCCACAGCGCCUGUCAUUCGAAACGCGAGAUCGUGCCGAACUGUGUUUUCCGGAGAAAAGUUUCGUUCGUCGCAGCCACGCGGUGGCGUCCCUUUUAGAGCGGAGCGAGUGGCUCCGAGGAGCUUAGGAAUGUUUGCGCGAGUUUCAUUUGUGUGAGGAACUGUGUGAACUGUGACGGUAGUUGGUUCCGCGGCAAGUCGAUGCGGUGUGGAACCGCGUCGCAGCAAAGAAGUGGCCGCGACAGCUUGAGGGAUCCACCUGUGGACGGCUUGAGUGUGUGAAGUGUUUUCGAAGUUAUUGUCAAACGCUGGAUGUUCGACGACGGGCGACCGAAGUGAAGUCCGGGUGCGCCGUCGCACUUGCGGCAGGAAGCCUGAACGCGUGGAAUGCUCGUUCGUUAGAGUGGCAAAGAACAGAAGAAAUCUUGGCACACCGGAGUGGUGCUCACGCUGUGUGUCAGCAUUCUUCAGGAAUCAACGCCUGGUCAAAGGCAACUAUGGCACACACUGUCUCCGUCAUUCACUCUUCACGAAUCCAGUGCAGUUUCCGCUGCCCAUUCAGUCUGGGUGGGACCUGGGCGCGUGGCGGAACAAAACAGCCUCCGAUACACACAUAUCGACACAUACAUUUAUGAAUCACAAUUCCAGUUCAGCGCUUUGCUGCCUCGCUGUAUGGGACACACGGGACACUCGGAAACUGUAUCCACGCUGCUGCCUGCGAGUUGCGCCAUGACACGAGCGAACAGUGCAACCUUCUCGUGACUCCAGUCACAUUUCGGGGGGUGCAGCACACCAAACAGGAGCAUUAUUUCAUGUUGGGAAGUCUCACGUGGAAAAUCUUGGGGAACUUGGUUGUCUGUCCUUGUGCCUUGAUGCAUAGUGUUUGUCCAGGUAUCAUAAUGUCUUUGUUGACUCGCUCUAAGUUAUUCCUUCACUCGCGGCGCCUGUCUAAAUGCGAAUCUCGCCGUUCCAGUGGCCACGAAGAUUCAUAUUCCUCAAAAAAGCUGGUGUUGCCCUGAACAUCCCAGGGUGUCCAAAUACCUUCGGGACGCGGCAAGCGUCCGUAGCGAGCAUUCCAUCAGAACAGUGUCGGUGUCAGAAUCGGUCGGCUGCACCGUCUGCGCACUUUUUUUGUGGCUGGAAACCAGAUAUUUUCACACUGCUCUGUCCAUCUGUGCCGUAUGAGGGGCAUACUAUUCUUUCAAGGCUGCGGAACCCCAUUUCCCCGUCUGUUUCCUGUGCCCGCCCAUCCCCGCGGUGACUGUCGAACGGCUCUACCCGCCACACAUCGGUCAAUAUUUCUUUGCGCGUGGCCACACCGUUUCUUUCGCUGUUUGCCUUGGUUUUUCUUCGCCAAGCAAAACGUGAUCGUUGGCUUUCGUAUCACAGGAAAACAUGAUCUUCAGGCAGUGGACGUUUCGUUCGUAGAACCAGGCUCGCGAGCAUCUGCGCCCUCGAAGACGCGCGAGUCGUGCGAGGCUGGCAAGUCAGUCGAGCCCCCUAAACUGCCUACCCCGAGUGCUUCGCCUGAGAAAGCCGUCAGUUCAUUGCCAUUCUUUGCGCGCCGCAAGAUGCAGGCUUUUCCGUUUUCCGCUUGAAUCCAUUUCCUCGGUUCUUCACUCACGGCAAACCGAAGUUCCGAGCGCGGCGAGGAGACAUCCCAAAGAAGGACCCAGCACUUGUUGACGUGGACGACGACGUCAAAGUUCCGCUAGCCGCUGGGGGCGCGCUCGCCACGGGGGGGAGAGGAGCUGGCCAAACCCAAGACAGACUCAAGAGAGGCGAGGCGGGGAAGCCAGGGAACCCAGCGGCUUUCUCUCCCCGUUACUACAGCAUCCAUUUUUCUCACACCUUCGGCUGUUCCCGGGAGACAGCUAAAAAACGCAUUCCCCCAUACAACACUCUUCCCCUCUCAACUUUCCAACUUUGGACUUACGCACCGUUUGUUUCCGCCGCCCCUCAGUGCGCC